AUGUAUCACGACAAUUCCUCGCGUUCUCCCGGCUCCCAGCGCCAUCAACAGCCUCUUCAUCGCCAACCUUCGCGACAGUUUGAUGCCUACGGUCCGAUGCCCGUUAACUUGUACGACGAUCCCAUGGCUCGCUACGAUCGCAAUCUCGACCGGCUGAACCCGUCGCUACAUAACCCUUCCUAUGCCUAUGAUCUCCCUGGCUCGCAGACGUGGAAUCCGAAUGGUUUCGCCAACGCUCAGGCACUAGGCGGUAUUCGCUCGGCUUCCGCAAGCCUGAAGACUGCCCCUCGCAGCACUCGAGCCGGUCUGCCAACUACUUGGUUAGAUCAACAGCCAGGACUUCCCAGCCCUUUCUCCAACCUUGGGUCCGGUCCCCUUCAAGCCUCGAUGCGAGAUGCGGGUCCGUCAGAGGCCGAUGACGAGUUGAUUCCUACCGCGAUCGUUAUCAAGAACAUACCCUUCGCUGUCAAGAAGGAGCAGCUCGUUCAGUUGAUGACCGAAUUGAACCUGCCCCUGCCGUAUGCGUUCAAUUACCACUUCGACAAUGGUGUAUUCCGCGGGCUGGCUUUUGCCAACUUCACAUCGGCUGAAGAGACCGCAACCGUGAUUGAAGUGCUCAACCAUUUCGAACUUCAAGGCCGAAAGUUACGGGUUGAAUACAAGAAGAUGCUUCCCCUCCAGGAACGCGAACGCAUUGAGCGCGAGAAGCGCGAACGUCGUGGCCAACUUGAAGAGCAGCAUCGUCCUAUGGCGACGUCGCAGCUUCAGACACAGAGUUCCAUGUCGUCCCUGACAUCACAUAUCCCGGCCACUUCUCCAUCUCCGGUCUCCCAGCGUGGCCAGAAGCUUGAUGUUGAUCUGAACGAUACUCAGACCCUGUCGUACUAUUCCCAGCUCCUGCUGUUCAAGGAAGAUACCGGUCGCGACUCGGUCAUCUUCCCGCCGAACCUUACUCCCGUCCAGCGCCGCACUGUGCACACUCUCGCUCACAACAUGGGUCUCGGCCACGCGUCUCGCGGGAAUGGAGACCAACGCCAGGUCCAGGUCUUCAAGGUUGCUCCAGGCCAGAAUGUGAGCCCCCCCUUGUCUGCCAUCCCCGCCGCUGUUCAGCCCGCGGAAACUGCUCGUCGCGGGCUCAACCGCGCAGCGACUAUUGAUUUCAGCGAAGCUCGCAACGAAGGAGCUGCUCAUUUCAAUACCCUUCGUGGGCAGCCAUCCUCGGGUUUCUUGGGAGUCUUGGACUCUUCUGCCGGUUUCGGAAACACACAGAACCUCCGCGCAGCUAAAUCGUUCGCCGAUCUGCGUUCUUAUACUCCUUCCCCUGUCCCGUCCUCGGCCAGCUUCCCGGCUGCCCUGCAAUCAAACGGUGCACGCCUUCAGCAUUACGAUGGUUCAACCAGUGUCGCAUCAAACACGCCGACCUUGACGCCUGUGCCAUCUGGCUCCUCCCUCGGUAUGCAGCGGGACGACGGCCUCCUGGUCAACAGCUUGAGCAGCCUUUCUCUAGGAACUGGAAUUGGAGGGCCGAACGCGAGCCCGAGGCGAUUGAGGGGUAUGUUCUCUUGGGAGCAGCCGGAAAGUCAACCUUCUAGCGCUGGCCCCAUUGGUAGUAACCGCACCAUCGGAGUUGGAUUUGACGGUCAGUCACAGGAGCGCAUGCCUAUUAGGCAGCCGAGAGGCCCCAUGCCCGAGAAGGGCCCAGGUUUUCGACGACCCAACGGACAUCAGUCGCGCGGAAGUGACGAACUGCGCACCAGCUCCGGCGUGGAAAUCAUUGUGGAGUAA